CACUUGUUUGAUACAUGGCUUUUGUUAAGCUCUUUUCCAGCUUAUUGCUUGUUGCUGUACUUUCUUGGUACCGUUUGGAAGCUUUCCCGGGCUCGGGCCUCGACCCGGAAUUCUACCAGUUCUCUUGCCCACAGGCUAAUGAAAUUGUCAUGACUGUAUUGGAAAAUGCCAUUGUUAAAGAUCCUAGAAUUGCUGCUUCUUUGCUCAGGCUUCACUUCCACGACUGUUUUGCGCUGGGAUGCGAUGCGUCUGUGCUGCUGGAUGACAGCAAAAAUGUCGUAAGUGAGAAAAACUCGAAGCCGAACAAGAAUUCCCUCCGGGGAUUCGAAGUGAUCGACGAAAUCAAGGCAAAGAUGGAGCAAGUCUGCCCUCACACUGUUUCUUGCGCCGACAUUGUCGCGCUUGCUGCCCGCGACUCCACUGUUUUAAGCGGCGGACCGCACUGGGAAGUGCCGUUAGGUCGACGGGACUCGACAAAAGCCAGCCUGAGCGAAUCGAAUCGAAACAUUCCCGCUCCGAAUUCGACGAUCCAAACACUCAUCGCAAAGUUCAGUCGCCAGGGCCUCGACGAACAAGACCUCGUCGCACUAUCUGGCGCGCACACCAUAGGUUUGGCGAGAUGCGCGACGUUCAGACAAAGAUUAUACAACCAGAACGGGAAGAACCAACCGGACGUGACCCUCGAAAGAAAUUACUACAACGACCUCAAAAGUUCGUGUCCUAAAGUCGGCGGCGACAACAAUGUUUCGCCCCUCGAUGUUUCGUCGCCCGUCAGAUUCGACAACACGUACUUUAAACUGUUGCUGUCGGGCAAAGGGCUGCUGAGUUCCGACGAGGUUUUGUUCGCUGGAAACGAGCAAAAAGCCGCGGAACUUGUAAGAACCUAUGCUGACGAUGAGGAUCGAUUCUUCCAUCAAUUUGCGGAUUCUAUGAUCAAGAUGGGGAAGAUUAAUGUUCUUACAGGGUCCAAAGGUGAGAUCAGGAAGAACUGCCGUAGGCUUAACUGAAAAAACUGUAUCAGUGAUUUGUCUGUUUGAAUUAUGUUUGUUUUUGUUUUUAUUUUGUCAGACUUUUGUUUGAGAUGUUAGUGUCUUGUGUUUCUGAAAUCACGUGUAUUGUUGUAUAAGAUUAUCUUCAAUCAACUCUUUCUUUUUUCUAUAUAUAUAUAUAUAUUAGAACCCGCUUUUGCGCGGUA